AUUCCAAGUUCCAACAUAUUGAUAGACCUCCCCUCGCAAAGUAUACACACCGGCAAAGUGGGGCAGAAGCUCGCGGCAGGAAUCGGCAGUGGUGCAGACACGUCGACGAGCGGCCGAUGGGCUACGGAGGAUCGUGAGAUCAAGGAAGCUGCUGGUAUCGCAGAGUCCAUCGCUGUCUAUCUUUGUUUGCAGAAG